UUUUUGCAUUUGAAGAGACAAGGCCAAAAGCUUUCUUCGAUCUAAAGAAGGAGAAGAGAUGGAGAAUCUAUUAGGUCUUCUAAGACUUCAUGUGAUUAGAGGUGUGAAUCUCGCCAUUAGAGAUUCUCAAAGCAGUGAUCCUUACGUCAUUGUCCGAAUGGGUAAACAGAAGCUACGAACCCGUGUGAUGAAAAAGAUUUUAAAUCCAGAAUGGAAUGAAGACUUGACACUUUCUAUUAGUGAUCCAACUCUUCCUGUCAAGAUCAUGGUGUACGAUAGGGACUGGUUCUCUAGGGAUGAUAAGAUGGGAGAUGCGGUGUUCUACAUUGAUCCGUUCCUUGAAGCCAUCAGAAUCCAAAACGAACUUGGAGGACUACCGGAUGGGACUGUGAUAAUGAAGAUUCAGGCAAGUAGACAGAACUGCUUGUCAGAAGAGAGCAAGAUUUUGUGGAACAAAGGAAAGAUUGUCCAAAAUAUGUUUCUUAGGCUUCAGAACGUUGAGCGAGGGGAGGUCCAGUUGCAGCUUGAAUGGAUUGAUGUCUCGGGCGCUAUGUGUAUAUAG